GACACGUGACUGGGGCCUGAAUCAACCUCCUGUGCAAAGAGGGGUUGCCCAAGACACACCUUCCUGGGAGCUUGUCACAGCCUAGGGCGACCUAACAUGGUUGCCGCUGGGGGCUUGGGGUGACCGACCAUGUGAUCCUGGGAUCUGCAGCAGUACGUCUGCCACCAUCUGCCCCUCCUAGCAUGCUGGGGAAGAGGCAAGUCAGACAGGAAGGCCUGGGGGCUGAUAGCACCACAGGAAGGAAUGCCACAACACCCGGGUGAGCCAGUGAGGCCCAGGGGCAACGUCAUGGUGUCAUGGUUGCCCCGCCCUCUGCUUGUCAGGAUGCCAUGGCCUCUCCUUCCCCAGUCGGGCCACAUUCGCAAUCAGCACAGUGCUCGCCUUGCUACUCACACAAGCCCAGGGACUCCAGUUGGAAAGUGUAAAGGGGAGGAUGGAGCGAAGAUACUAAAAGUCACCUCAGGCCCUGCCUCUGAGAUGUUUCCAUCUGCAUCUUCUGACCUUGCAGGAUUAUUGUAAGGGUCAAAUGAGACCAUCUUUUUAAAAAAUCUCUUAUUGUCUGAAAAUUCACAGGGAAAGUGAUGGAGACCUCAGGAUCUUCUUCCCAGUCUCAAGACACCAGUGGAACCCACAGAGAAACAGAAAAUCCAGACUACCAAGAGACAGAGUUCCACAAGCAAGAUGAGAAGGCCCGGGAACGAUGUGAGAGAGACAAGUCUUCCUCCUCCUCAUCUUCCUCCUCUUCCUCCUCCUCCUCCUCCUCCUCCUCCUCAGACAGCAGCGAUGAGGACCAGCACUCCAGAGGUCUCGGGGAACACCGAAGGAAGGCCCGCAGGGACAGCUCUCCUGGUGCUGACCGCGGGGAACUGGAGGUGCUGAAAGACGAGCUUCAGCUCUAUGGAGGUAGUGCUGGGGAGAUGGUGCUUGCUGGGGAGUCAGGACUCCGAAGAAGAGGUUCCGGCUCAACAGAGGGAGAAGCGGAGGCCUCUCAGUUAAGACGGCUGAACAUAAAGAAGGAUGAUGAGUUUUUCCAUUUCGUCCUCCUCUGCUUCGCCAUUGGGGCCUUGCUGGUGUGUUAUCACUACUACUCAGACUGGUUCAUGUCCCUCGGGGUUGGCCUGCUCACCUUUGCCUCUCUGGAGACCAUCGGCAUCUACUUUGGGCUGGUGUACCGGAUCCACAGAGUGCUUCAGGGCUUCAUUCCCCUCCUGCAGAAGUUCAGGCUGCCAGGGUUCAGGAGAACUGACUGACAACACUGCCUGAUGGCAUCUGAGCCGGUCCCCAAAGUGACCACUGUAACCACUGCCGUACCUGAGCCCAGAAGACAGACGACAUGCUGGAAGACACCAGGAGGCCCUGCCUGGGCAAUAAAGAGCUCUUUCCUUCCA